UUGAACCCGAUUGCCAUCCAUCUAUAUUCCGGACCCAAGUAACAUUCACAAAAACCCUGCAACAGGGUUUAAUCAUCACCAAACUAACAAAAAUGGGUGUAGUCGGAGAUGGAGUAAAAAAAAUUGUAAAAAAAGGUUUCGUCGGAGAAAUGAAUUUAAACACCGGCGGUGGCAAAAUCAAUUGGUUUCCGGGACACAUGGCCGCCGCUACACGUGCCAUCAAUUCUCGUCUCAAAGUCGCUGAUCUCGUCAUUGAAGUCCGUGAUUCUCGCAUUCCCUUGUCGUCUGCGAAUCAAGACCUUCAACCGCGGUUAUCGGAUAAACGACGUGUGAUUGCGCUUAAUAAGAAGGAUUUAGCUAACCCCAAUAUUAUGCAUAAAUGGAUAGAUUACUUCAGUUCCUGUAAGCAAGAUUGUCUACCCAUCAAUGCACAUAGCCGGAGCUCCGUUCAAAAGCUUCUAGAACUUGUUGAGCUCAAGUUAAAGGAAAAGAUUGCGAAAGAACCUACUCUCCUUGUCAUGGUGAUAGGUGUUCCCAACGUUGGGAAAUCUGCUUUGAUCAACUGCAUUCAUCAGAUUGCAUCAUCACGUUUUCCUGAACAGGAGAGGAAGAAGCGAGCAAAAGUAGGACCAUUGCCUGGCGUAACACAGGAUAUUGCUGGAUUCAAGAUUGCACAACGGCCUAGCAUAUAUGUAUUGGAUACCCCAGGAGUACUUGUUCCAACCAUUUCAGACAUUGAAACGGGAUUAAAGUUGGCUUUGGCAGGGUCUGUGAAAGAUUCGGUUGUGGGCGAAGAACGUAUUGCUCAGUAUUUGCUUGCUGUUCUUAAUACACGACAAACUCCACUGCACUGGAGGAAUGUGCAUAAUAGCACUCUGAAAGGGCUGCAGAGUGAAACUGAUGAUAAACCUGACUAUAAUGUUAAGAAUCUUCUGCCAAAAAGACGAUCCGUCCCUGUCUCUUCUAAUAUUCAGUAUGUAGAGGGUGUUGCCAAAGAGGUACAAUCUGCUUUAUAUUCCACUUUAUCGGAAUUCAGAGGUGAUUUGGAGGAUGAGAAUGAGUUGGAGGUCUUAAUCGAACAACAGUUUACAGCAUUGCAGAAGGCAUUGAAGAUCUCGAAUAAAGCAAAUGAGGCUCGUAUGAUGGUAUCUAAGAAAUUUCUUACACUGUUUAGGGCCGGAAAACUUGGCCCCUUUAUUCUUGAUGAUGUUCCUAUAGUUGCUUCUCAUUCUUGAAUCUCUUGAACUUCGUAGAUCCCUUUUUAUUACUGCCUUUAUGUUUCUUUAUUGUACGAAUGUAACAUGAACCCCAACAUAUAAAGGAACGUGUAAACUGCUAGAUGCCUUUAAGUCCUGACA